AUGUUCAUCGCCCACUGUCGUGUCUGGACGCUCUCUGGUUUACGCUCUGGUUUACGCUCUACGCUCGAUACGCAUCACAGGCCUCUGAGACAGCCAUCCCAAUCAACAAGCGCCGAGGAGGAAUUAUCGCUCGAUAUAACUUGGCGAAUUACAAUCUAUGGAGCAGAGAUUUCGGCUGUGGAAGAUAAAUCAUGGGAGUUCGCUCUGAGACUGCCUAUCGAGACGCGAUUAACACAAAUUCCUACUUACCCAGGUAUUGCCGUGUGA